GGUGCGGAGGUUGGGGGACCUGCAUUGGCGUCCAUCGCGGUACACCAGAAAAAGUGGGGAGGAGGAAAACAGCCCGGAGCACAGAGUGCGAGGCCAGGCUGCCGCUGCCGCCCGCUGCGCCGCCUCCAGCCCUCUCCGCCUGGCGCUCGGCUCCUGCACCUUCGCUUCGCGUUUGAAUCUGGCUCGCCCCUCCGUAUUAUGUCUGCACUCCGAAGGAAAUUUGGGGACGAUUACCAGGUAGUGACCACCUCGUCCAGCGGCUCGGGCUUGCAGCCCCAGGGGCCGGGCCAGGGCCCGCAGCAGCAGCUUGUGCCCAAGAAGAAGCGGCAGCGGUUCGUGGACAAGAACGGCCGGUGCAAUGUCCAGCACGGCAACCUGGGCAGCGAGACGAGCCGCUACCUCUCGGACCUCUUCACCACCCUGGUGGACCUCAAGUGGCGCUGGAACCUCUUCAUCUUCAUCCUCACCUACACCGUGGCCUGGCUCUUCAUGGCGUCCAUGUGGUGGGUGAUCGCCUACACCCGGGGCGACCUGAACAAAGCCCACGUCGGCAACUACACGCCCUGCGUGGCCAACGUCUAUAACUUCCCCUCCGCUUUUCUCUUCUUCAUCGAGACCGAGGCCACCAUCGGCUAUGGCUACCGAUACAUCACCGACAAGUGCCCCGAGGGCAUCAUCCUCUUCCUCUUCCAGUCCAUCCUCGGCUCCAUCGUGGACGCCUUCCUCAUCGGCUGCAUGUUCAUCAAGAUGUCCCAGCCCAAGAAGCGCGCCGAGACCCUCAUGUUUAGCGAGCACGCGGUGAUCUCCAUGAGGGACGGAAAACUCACGCUCAUGUUCCGGGUGGGCAACCUGCGCAACAGCCACAUGGUCUCGGCGCAGAUCCGCUGCAAGCUGCUCAAAUCUCGGCAGACACCUGAGGGUGAGUUCCUUCCCCUUGACCAACUUGAACUGGACGUAGGCUUUAGUACAGGGGCAGAUCAACUUUUUCUUGUGUCCCCACUCACAAUUUGCCACGUGAUUGAUGCCAAAAGCCCCUUUUAUGACUUAUCUCAGCGAAGCAUGCAAACUGAACAGUUUGAAAUUGUCGUCAUCCUAGAAGGCAUUGUGGAAACAACUGGAAUGACUUGUCAAGCUCGAACAUCAUACACCGAAGAUGAAGUUCUCUGGGGUCAUCGUUUUUUUCCUGUGAUUUCUUUGGAAGAGGGAUUCUUUAAAGUUGACUACUCCCAGUUCCAUGCAACAUUUGAAGUCCCCACACCACCAUACAGUGUGAAAGAACAGGAGGAAAUGCUUCUCAUGUCGUCACCUUUAAUAGCACCAGCCAUAACCAACAGCAAAGAAAGACAUAAUUCUGUGGACUGCUUAGAUGGAUUAGAUGACAUUACUACAAAACUUCCAUCUAAGCUACAGAAAAUUACCGGAAGAGAAGACUUUCCCAAAAAACUCUUGAGGAUGAGUUCUACAACUUCAGAAAAAGCUUACAGCUUGGGAGAUUUGCCUAUGAAACUUCAACGAAUAAGUUCAGUUCCUGGCAACUCAGAAGAGAAACUGGUAUCUAAAACCACCAAGAUUUUAUCUGAUCCUAUGAGCCAGUCUGUGGCUGAUUUGCCACCAAAGCUUCAAAAGAUGGCUGGAGGAACCGCUAGAAUGGAAGGGAAUCUUCCAGCCAAAUUAAGAAAAAUGAACUCUGAUCGCUUCACAUAACAAUACACAUACUUAGGCAUUAUUUAAUAUUUGAUUUAGUUGUAGUCCAAUAUUUGGCUGAUGAGGUUAUUCCUCCCUAAGGAACCUGAAAAUUAUACCACCCCCCAGUCCUGUAACCAUAUUUGAGAACCCCUCCUUUCCAAGUAUUGCUACUGUACAGAAAGCAGAAGUUAUGAAAGGGGUACAUCAAAAGAGAGUCAUUAAUGGGCAUGUAUUAUCACAUCAAGCAUGCAAUAAUGUGCAAAUUUUGCAUUUAGUUUUAUGGCAUGAUUUAUAUAUGGCAUAUUUAUAUUGUAUAUUCUGGAAAAUAUAUAUAUAUAUUUAAAGGGGAGAUACUCUCCCCAACAUUUCUAACAUAUGUAUUAAGUCAAACAUGAGUGGGUAGUUUUCAGGGCGAUAAAAUUACACACACACACACACACACACACAUAUAUAUAUAUGUAUAUAUAAAUGUAUACACACAUAUACAUAUAUAUAUAUAUAUACACAGACAUACACAUUCAGACAUACAUAUAUAUCAGAUAAAAUUGUGAUGUUUUGUUCACAGUUGUAGUUCUUGUGCAUGUUUACUUUAUUAUACUAGGAAGGCUACUGACAUUAAUUAUUAAUACCAAAUACUUUAGCCUUAAAUUAUUUGUCAUUUUAAAAUCUGAUUUAGUGUUUUCUGCUGUUUAAGGUCCUGGAAGGUUUUGAAUUGUACUUUAUACAUGAGAAAGUCACGCAAGUUUAUGCUAUUUAUGGCCCUGCAAAAACAUAACCAUUACAUGUUUAACUUGUAAAUUUUAGAGCAUACCAGUACAUGGUAUAUCACUGAAAAAUUCUUAUGAUUUUUAAAAGUUACUAGGGCUGGGGGAAAUAAAUGUUAAUUAAUUGGAGAACUGUUCCUUUCCUGGUCUAAUUAAAAAUCAUAUACAAAUAUGAGUCUUGAACAAAUGCUGAAUCGUUGUACCAGUCAGUAGCCAAGUUACAUUGGAUAUAUCAGAAUCUGUGUGAAAUAACGUAAUUAAUGGUCCCCAUUUCAAAUGAAGUCAAUAGGAAAUACUUCCAUUCCUUUUCUGGAACUUUUGUCCAUUUUAGAAACCAGUGCUCUAUCUUUAAGGAGACACAACAAUGCAAUGAAACAGAUGGUAUUUAUGCCUAAAAGAUGUAUGUCUAAUUGAGUCUCUUUUAUGCUGUUCUCUUGUUUAUGGACUUUGUUGUAACAAAAUAGGCUUUUUUCCUCACCUGGGGAAGCUAUCCCAUGCCUGUCACUCAGAGCUCAAGAGGAAAGUUUUGUAUAGACCAGAGAGAAAUUCAAAUUAGGUAAACUGCAAUUAUCUUACACACAAAUUUAUUAUUUAUUUAUUUAUUUAUUUGUGAACACUGAUUGUAUGGGUACUUGGGGUCCUUGGACUCUCCAAAUAAUUUUAGCAGUACUGUUUUUCUAACCCCUACAUCUAAUAUUUAUGACUCACUUGUGAGAAUCAAAACUAUUGAUCAGUAGAACACCUCCAAAGUAAAGAUUUAGAAUGCAAAGAUUUUUAUGAAUAUUUAGAAGUGCUUUUUAUCAGAAAACCAUAGGUUUCCUAUAAAAUUUCUUUGGGCAUUGCAACCUCUGUCUGCCUAAAAUUAAUCCUCUUCUCAUUAAUAUGUAAAUUGUUAAUGGCUGAUUUGGGCUCCCUCCAUUUCCUAGUUUGUAGUAAUCCUCUAAUGAUUUUAUUAUUGGCAAAUGAUUACAUCAACAGUUCUAUCAUUGACUAUAAUACCUUCUGGCUACCUCUGUAUCAACCAAAUUCCGUAGGUGCAAAACAUAUACCAGGGAAUUGUUACUGGCAAAAUGAUCAACCUUGAGCCUCUGUCCACUGUGAAUAGAGUGGUUGCCCCACCCCUUGAUCACUAAACUUUCUUAUUUGCUGGAUGUAGGAAAAGAAAUAGUAACAAAGAGAGAAGGGGGUCCAGAGGGCAUGACAUAUAUAGCAGCAGUGGAAGGAACUGCAUGGAUCAUUUAGUCCAACUACUUAAAAACUAAAUAGAGCCAUAACUUACUUUGGAGAGUUGUUUUAAUUUGUCUUUGGUACCAAGGAGAAAAUGGAACCAAAAACAAACUCUCUGAAUGUAUUCAUUCAUUCAAUAAAAUUUUUGCAUGCCUUCAA